AAAAAGGACACAUUAACUCAACUGAAUUUUACGAGGGUUAACUCUAGUUAUUGUAUUAUAACAUAUUCAUAUUUACGUAUUUCCAUCUCGAAGAAACGCCAGGGUGUAUUAUCGUACGCAGAAAUACACAUAUAAGAAGGAAACACUUAGGAUGAAGAUCGCAGUGUUUGGGGCGACUGGUGCCACUGGUCAGUCAGUGGUCUCACAGGCACUGGCAGCAGACCACCAAGUGUUAGCGCUUGUCAGGACUCCGGCUAAACUCAAACUCACACAUGACAACCUAAAGGUUGAAGAAAUUGACAUCUUUAAUGUAACAUCCAGAGAGCCCUAUCUCCUUGGUUGUGAUUCUGUUAUCAGUUGUCUUGGAAACAGAAGCGUGAGUAGGGCUCCAACUAAUACAUACAGUGAGUCUAUGAAAAACAUUGUCAAAGCCAUGACUGAGUCUGGUGUAAGAAAACUAGUCACGAUGACAUCUUGGUAUACAGAUGGCAUUAAACCUCCUGGGCUUGAUUCAGGAAUAAGUGGGAUGAUGUUAGAUAAAUUUCUGUUGAUGUUAAAACCCACUUUGGAAGAUAUGACCCAUAUGGAGACAUAUUUAAAAAGCCUAACGUCGACCAUCAAGUGGACGUGUAUCAAGCCACCUGGUCUGACAAACAAGCCCGCAACGGGUCAAGAAAUAAAGACAGCAGAAGGACAGUACGUAGAGGGGUGCCAGAUGCAAAUAUCCAGAGAGGAUGUUGCAAAAUUCAUGCUGAAAAUUGCAACGAUAGAUGAUGAACUGUUCUCAGAUCAGACAGUGGCAAUAGGAAUUGAGGAAAUCAAAUAAAAAUGAUAUCAAUAUGGGAAUUUUGGACCUUGAUUCCCCUCAUACACUUGUUUUUUGCUUUUAAACAUCUAAACC